AUGUGUAUAUUCGGGUGUAUAUCCAUCAUGUCAUCAUACACCGCAUACCCAGAGGGAGAAAGAAAAGGCUCGCUGCUGUGCUGCUGCUUGCUGCACCUACACCUGCACCAGAAACCCCAGCAGCAGCACCAGCAGCACCAGCAGCAGCAGCUGCAGCAGCAGCAGCAGCAGCAGCAGCAGGUACAGCUGCAGCUGUUACAGCUGCACCAGCUGCUGCUGAACCAGCAGCAGCAGCAGCUACAGCAGCAGCAGCAGCAGCAACAGCAGCAGCAGCAACUGCUGCAGCAGAUACAACAGCAGAAAGACUCAGAAGCAAACAGCUUAUUAUAUUCUCCCACGGAAACAGCACAGAUAUCGGCCAUAUGUUUGGCCUCCACUAUAGAAUGUGCUUCAGGUCUUCGUCUGUUCAUCAACAACAUAGAGAAAGCCCCGUGGUUCGAUGCAUUUCAAAACGCAGAGAAACUGCGACGGGUCCACGACGUGCCCAUGCUCCUUAUACACGGCCGCCUCGAUAGACAGGUGCCCUUUUCACACUCCUUGAAGCUUGAGGCAGCCUGCCGGGAGGCAGACGCCCGCUUUGAGCAGCAGCAGCAGCAGAAGCAGAAGCAGCAGCAGCAGCAGCAGCAGCAGCAGCAGCAGCAGCAGCAGAGCAGCGGCAGCCGCAGCCGCAGCCGCUGCUUGCUCGGCUCCUCGCUGGUGAGCCCCAGGUCUGAACCCCCAGAAGAAAGAGAAGCGGAGCUGCAGAGACACCGCGUGCAGACGUGGUGGGUUUCGGAUGCAGACCACAACGACGUGGAGCACAAGGCGGGGGAUGAAUACUACCGGCGCAUAUCCGCCUUUCUUGAGUUCUGCGCCAAGUGGCAUGCACAGAGGGACGCGAAGUUUCCCAAUACAUAA